AAGCUCCACCCAGCCUGGCCCAAGGAUGGAGUCCCUCCCCGAAGCAGUCCUGAUCAGGAUCCUGGCUUCCAUACCUGCAGUGGAUCUGGUGCUGGCGUGCCGCCUGGUCUGCUGCCAGUGGAAGAACCUGGUUGAUGGAGCCGCGCUUUGGAUCCUGAAGUGCCAGCAGGAAGGCCUCACUGGAGCAGAGUCACAGGAGAACGCAGAGAACUGGCAAAACUUCUACUUCCUGAGUAAGAAAAGGAAGAAUCUCAUCAAGAACCCAUGUGGUGAAGAAGACUUGCAGCACUGGGGAGAGGUAGAGAAUGGAGGUGAUGGCUGGAAAAUUGAAGAGCUCCCUGGGGACUUUGGAAAAGAAUUUCCUAGUGAAGAAGUCCAUAAAUACUUUGUUACAUCUUAUGAGUGGUGUCGAAAGGCUCAAGUCAUUGACCUUAGGGCUGAGGGCUACUGGGAAGAGCUGAUGGAUACAACCCAGCCUAAAGUUGUGGUGAAAGACUGGUAUGCAGGACGCAGAGAUGCCGGCUGCCUCUAUGAGCUCUGUGUGAAGCUGCUCUCAGAGAAUGAGGAUGUUCUGGCUGAGUACAAAAGUGACACUAUUGCCAUCCCAGAGGACAAUGAUGCCAGCUGGACUGAGAUCUCCCACACCUUUUCCAACUAUGGGCCUGGGGUCCGCUUUAUCCGCUUUGAACACGGUGGCCAGGACACGCUAUUCUGGAAGGGAUGGUACGGCGUCCGUGUUACCAACAGCAGCGUGACAGUGGAGCCAUAGCCAUGCUCAGCUGG